GAGCUAGAGGACAACUCAAAUCACCUAACCAAACUGGAAACUGAGGCAUCUAACAUGAAGUUUUGGAGAAAAGAUUUAGAAUAUUUCAUUAGAAUAAAUAUUAGAAUAUUUCAGCAAGUCUUGCAGAGAUUAAAAAAAAAAGUAUGUUGAAGAUUGAUGCAGAGGUACAGAAGCAAGGUAGUCAGUACACAGAAGAGGAAAAAAUGCAUGACAAAAGAUAAUUUCAUCAGGAAUUCUUACUAGUGAAUGGAUUGCAGGUACUAAGCAAACUGGUUUAACUGUGAAAUGUUUGUAUUUGAAUCUUUUCGUAUAUUAAGCAUUUCUUUGUGCAUACUGUUACAGAUUUGAAUAUGAGCAUUGUUUCCAGAGCUAUCAAUGGAAAUCUGAUUUCCAAUUGGUAUGAGGUAAUCUGAUACAUUCACAAAGAGGUGAGGUCAUAUGACAGCUCUGCAAGUAAUGUCUCCUGUAUCAUUACUGUUGGCCUGUGAUGUCAGAGGUGGAUGUUGGUGCUAGGGCAGUAGAGGUGUAUCUGUUGUAGUUUCCAUGAAAAUAAAUAGGAGGCAUUACUUUUGGAGCUACCUACACAUAACAUAGUAAUGUUGUAGUUGCUGAAUAAACUAAAAACAAUGUAGUAAUGUCUGUGCAGUAAUUGUACAUAUGGAGCUUAGCGCUAGGUGUCUGUUAAAUGAAGAGCAUCUCAGGGAUCCUGUGUCAAAACUGUUAGUAACAGUAACUUCAGCAGAAAGUUAUAAAACAGUUAUAAAACAGAAAGUAAUGAAAUGGCAGAAAAAAGUGGAUACUCACCCAAAUGUUCUGAAGCAAUUUGAGUUUGAAAUUUCUGAACUGUCUACUGUAAGGUUGUUCCUGUUCCACCUUCUGUUCUUCAGUAUUUGGGGAGAUUGAGGUACGGCCACUUUGGCUUCAAGAAAGGGUGGGUUACAACCUAAGUAAUAGGAUAAAUAAUUUCUCGAAGCACUGAUUUGAUCAAGGUGCUUCAAACCAUAGUCAUCCAAAUGAUUGCCCAUCUGACAUCAGUUGUCAUCAAUUUGUCGGCCAGUCAUUGCUUGUUUAUUCAUAAAGUUUCUUUAUGGUAGGUUCUUGCAGCAAUUCAUCAAGCCUAUCUUCUCAGUCAAAUUUGCUUUCAUAUAUUAUCUGCAGUAUGCCAACCUUGUUGCUUCAGAGUUGGGUACCUAUAACCCCUGGUAUUCUUCUCCAGCAUGUUCACAUACUUCUGCCUUCCUUACUUUAUUACCCACUAAAGAUAAGUAUAACAAUGCACUUUUAAACAGUAGAAUUGCAAAUGAAGAUAGUUAUCUUCUUAUUUUUGCUCUUACCAAAUUUUUGUGUAUAUAAUCUUCCCUCAAGAUCCCUUACUUAUUUAGUUCUUCUUGUUAUAACAAGCACUUGUGCUUGUCAAUGAUCAGGAUUUAUAUGAUACGUAUAAAAUAGCCAUCAGGCACCGUGGCAGAUUUGAUCUCACUUUUUAAUGAAACAUCCUCAGAAAAAGUGCUGAUGUACAGACCUGCAAGACUGAUGUUUGUAGUGACCAUGUUGUUAGGAAACAGAUUAAAGAGUAGACUACUUUUGGGCACAGGGCUAACAAUGCUGUGUUAAAAUGUGGCUUACAGACCUAAAUUCUAUGAAGGUUUCAUUGAGUUGACAGCACUAAUGAGUUUGCUUGGAUUUCUGAAAUGAGUUUAGUAAUGUCCCUUCAGCAGAGAAGAACCUAAAAUGAUUUUGAAAGGUCUUUGACUAGCAGCUGAGUUAAAGAUGGAAAAUAAUGAGUAGAAUAAAUGGUCCUUUUCUUUCUUCCUUUUUUUUUUUUAAAGAUAGCCAGUAGUGACCUACUAAGAUGUCUGCUGUGUCCUGUUUUGUUCAUCUUAAUUUGCAACUUAUUUGGGGAAAAAUAAAAGGGGGGGGAGACAUACAAGUUUGUCAGUAUGGUUAAAAUUAAAAUAAGAGCUUCAGAAGUGGUAUUGAGCGAAGAAAUAUGUGAGAGAUAAAAUUCAGCUCAUUUGGAUGCUGAAAGAAUUAUGUGGGAGUUAGUACCACCAGAGAUGAAUUUUCAAGAUAUUAACAGCUGGAAGCUGGGAAGAGGGAUAUACAAGUUAAAUGAACAAUUUUAUUUAAUUUUUUUUACAUAUUUCUGAGUUUCUAGAGAGAUAGGAUGAUGGCAUAGAUUGGCAUGUGGUCUGACUUGGCAUGAAAGGACAGUGUCUGCAUUUUUGCUUGUGGUUUGUUUGUUUGUUUGUUUCCUAACAGUGUUGUGCUCUCUUAAGACUGGUAGGAGCAGAGCCUCAGAAGGAGGAGGAAAUUUUACUCCCUUCUAGAACUCCUGAACAUUAUGAAGGAGGGGGGCCUUAAAUGGCUCUGGGUGGAAUGGAAGGUUGAGGGGGGAAAAAGUAAGGACGUGACAACAGCCUGGAAGUCAUGGCUCAAGAAGAGACCCUAAGGGACUGUCACAGAGAGUAGGCAACGAAGAGGUCUGCCAGGCCAGUGAUGGGAAGAGUCCUUUCUCAGCGCAGUCAUGUCCUCUUCCAGAUGGUGGACCCUGCGGGUAUUUGCACAUACUUAGAGGAGGUGCUGAAACAGCUACAAGGAAGUAUUGAAGAUGAGGCAAUAGCAUCAUCUGGACAAAUUGACUUACUGGAACGACUUAAAGAACUGAACCUGGAGAGUACCAGCUUUCCUGGAGUGAAGUUAAGGCAAAAGGUGUCUGUGCGCUCAUAUGGGAGCCGGGAAGGGUCUGUGUCAAGCCGUUCAGGAGAGUGCAGUCCUGUUCCCAUGGGAUCAUUUCCAAGAAGAGGAUUUAUGAAUGGAAGCAGAGAAAGCACUGGUUAUUUAGAAGAGCUAGAAAAAGAGAGAUCUCUUUUGCUUGCGGAACUUGAGAAGGAAGAGAAAGAAAAGGACUGGUAUUAUGCUCAGCUUCAGAACCUUACUAAAAGGAUUGAUAGUCUCCCCCUUACUGAAAAUUUCUCCUUGCAAACAGAUAUGACCAGAAGGCAGCUGGAAUAUGAGGCAAGGCAAAUCAGAGCUGCAAUGGAAGAACAAUUGGGUACUUGUCAGGAUAUGGAGAAGCGAGCACAGGUGAGGGUGGCAAGAAUUCAGCAGAUAGAGAAGGAUAUUCUUCGUAUACGACAGCUCCUGCAAUCACAAGCAGCAGAAGCAGAGAGAGCACCUCAAGGCAAGCAUGAUGCAGCUUCCCAUGAUACAGAGAGGCAGAGCGAAGGUCAAGGAGCACCAGAAAUCAGUAUGUCAACUAGCAAUACUGGUCAGUUUCCCAAACUGAAUGAGGAGGAAGUGGCAUCAGGAAACUUCACAAAUAGGAAGAAGAGACGAAGAAAGCAACAACAAAGACAAAAAAUAAAGAAAAGAGGUUCUGCUGCUCGAAUGGACCAUGAGACAGCCAGUGUUAUGAGCUCUAGUAAUAACUACUCUGUACCUCGCAGAUUGACAAGUCAUCUGGGUACCAAGGUAACCGAAGAUUACAAACCACAGGUGGAAAUGGUGUACUCAUUGUUAUCAAUGCUUGGUACUCAUGAUAAAGAUGACAUGUCGAGAACAUUGCUAGCAAUGUCUAGCUCCCAGGACAGCUGCAUAGCUAUGCGUCAGUCUGGAUGUCUUCCUCUCCUCAUCCAGCUUUUACAUGGCAACGAUAAAGACUCUGUCUUGUUAGGGAACUCUCGUGGUAGUAAGGAGGCCCGUGCCAGAGCCAGUGCAGCGCUGCAUAACAUCAUUCACUCCCAGCCUGAUGAUAAGCGAGGCAGACGGGAAAUCCGUGUGCUCCAUCUUUUGGAGCAGAUCCGUGCUUACUGUGAAACAUGUUGGGAAUGGCAGGAAGCACAUGAACAAGGCAUGGACCAAGACAAAAACCCAAUGCCUGCACCAGUUGAUCAUCAAAUCUGUCCUGCAGUGUGUGUUUUAAUGAAACUUUCAUUUGAUGAAGAACACAGGCAUGCUAUGAAUGAGCUUGGAGGUUUGCAAGCCAUUGCUGAACUGCUGCAAGUGGACUGUGAAAUGUAUGGACUUACAAAUGACCAUUAUAGUGUUACAUUGAGGAGGUAUGCUGGAAUGGCUCUGACAAACCUGACUUUUGGAGAUGUAGCAAACAAGGCUACAUUAUGUUCGAUGAAGGGCUGCAUGAGAGCUCUUGUAGCCCAACUGAAGUCUGAAAGUGAAGAUUUACAGCAGGUCAUUGCAAGUGUGUUGAGGAACUUGUCCUGGCGUGCAGACGUAAACAGCAAAAAGACACUACGAGAAGUUGGGAGUGUGAAAGCACUGAUGGAAUGUGCUUUAGAAGUUAAGAAGGAAUCAACCCUAAAAAGUGUCUUGAGUGCCUUAUGGAAUCUGUCAGCACAUUGUACUGAGAACAAAGCUGAUAUAUGUGCUGUUGAUGGUGCUCUUGCAUUUCUAGUUGGUACGCUGACAUACCGGAGCCAAACAAACACUCUUGCCAUCAUAGAAAGUGGAGGAGGAAUUUUAAGAAAUGUUUCUAGCUUAAUUGCUACUAAUGAGGACCACAGGCAAAUCUUGCGAGAAAACAGUUGCUUACAAACCUUGUUACAACACUUGAAGUCACACAGUUUGACAAUAGUCAGUAACGCAUGUGGAACCCUGUGGAAUCUUUCUGCACGAAAUGCAAAGGAUCAGGAGGCACUCUGGGACAUGGGAGCAGUCAGCAUGCUCAAAAAUCUCAUUCACUCAAAACACAAAAUGAUAGCAAUGGGCAGUGCUGCAGCUCUAAGAAAUCUCAUGGCAAACAGGCCAGCAAAGUAUAAGGAUACUAACAUUAUGUCUCCAGGAUCAAGCUUACCAUCUCUUCAUGUUAGAAAACAAAAGGCACUGGAAGCAGAAUUAGAUGCGCAACAUUUAUCAGAGACUUUUGACAAUAUUGAUAAUUUAAGCCCAAAAGCAUCUCACCGUAAUAAGCAGAGACAUAAGCAGAAUAUAUACGGUGAGUAUGUUCUGGACUCUAGUCGUCAUGAUGAUGGAGUAUGCAGAACAGAGAGUUUUAAUACUGGUAACAUGACUGUACUUUCUCCAUAUUUAAAUUCUACAGUAUUGCCUGGCUCAGCUUCUUCAAGUAGAGGAAACAUAGAAAAUUGUCUAUCUGAGAAAGACAGAAGUCUUGACAGAGAUCGAGCAGUAGGUUUAAAUGCCUAUCAUCCAGCUACAGAGAACAGUGGAAACUCCUCUAAGAGAAUAGGAAUGCAGAUUUCUACAGCUGCAGCUCAGAUUGCCAAGGUUAUGGAAGAAGUGACAAGCAUGCAUAUUCCACAAGAAGACAGAAGUUCCGGUUCCACUUCUGAAAUGCACUGUUUGACAGAAGACAGAAAUACCACAAGGAGAGCAGCCACUGCCCAUACUCACUCAAAUACGUACUUUCCAAAAUCUGAGAAUUCAAGCAGGCCGUGUCCUGUGCCUUACACAAAAAUGGAAUACAAGAGAGCAUCAAAUGACAGCUUAAAUAGCGUCAGCAGCAGUGAUGGCUAUGGUAAAAGAGGCCAAAUGAAACCUUCCAUUGAAUCUUACUCUGAGGAUGAUGAAAGUAAAUUUUGUAGUUAUGGGCAAUAUCCAGCUGACUUGGCACAUAAGAUACAUAGUGCAAAUCACAUGGAUGACAAUGAUGGAGAACUAGACACUCCUAUUAACUAUAGUCUUAAAUAUUCAGAUGAACAGUUAAAUUCUGGAAGGCAGAGUCCUUCUCAGAAUGAAAGAUGGGCAAGGCCUAAGCAUAUAAUAGAUGAUGAAAUGAAACAAAAUGACCAAAGGCAGUCAAGGAGCCAAAGUGCGACCUACCCUGUGUACACUGAAAGUGGAGAUGAUAAACACAUGAAAUACCAGUCACCUUUUGGACAGCAAGACUGUGUUCCUUCAUUUAGAUCAAGAGGAUCCAAUGGUUCAGAUCAGAACAGAGUAGGGUCAACUCUUGGAAUCAAUCAGAAAGUAAAUCAGUCCUUGUGCCAGGUUGAUGAUUAUGAUGAUGAUAAGCCAACCAACUACAGUGAACGCUAUUCUGAGGAGGAACAGCAUGAAGAGGAAGACAGACCAACCAAUUACAGCAUAAAGUACAAUGAAGAGGAACAUCAGGUUGAUCAACCCAUUGAUUAUAGUCUGAAGUAUUCAACAGAAGUUCCUCCCUCUUCUCAGAAACCAUCUUUUACUUUUUCAAAGACUUCUUCAGUGCAGAGCACUAAAACUGACCAUAUUUCCUCAAGCAGUGGGAACACGUCAGCCCCUUCAGCAGGUUCAAAGAGGCAGAAUCAGCUUCACCCAAGUUCUGCACAGAGCAGAGGCGGUCAUGCUCAAAAGACUGCCUCCUGUAAGACUCCUUCUAUUAAUCAGGAAACUAUACAAACUUACUGUGUGGAAGAUACACCAAUAUGUUUUUCAAGGUGUAGCUCCUUGUCAUCUUUGUCAUCAGCUGAAGAUGAAAUAGGACGUGAUCAAUCCACACGUGUGACUGAUACUAAUGCUACACUACAGAUAUCAGAACUAAAAGAAAACAGUGGGGCUCUAUCUGCAGAAGCUGCAGUGAGUGAAAUCACGUCAACAUCACAACAUAUCAGAACAAAAUCCAGUAGACUUCCAACUUCCAGUUUAUCACCUUCUGAGUCCUCCAGACAUAAAGCUGUUGAAUUUUCUUCAGGUGCCAAAUCUCCCUCAAAGAGUGGUGCACAGACUCCUAAAAGCCCACCAGAACAUUAUGUACAGGAAACUCCUCUCAUGUUCAGCAGAUGUACUUCUGUGAGUUCCCUGGAUAGUUUUGAAAGCCGUUCAAUUGCUAGUUCAGUUCAAAGUGAGCCUUGUAGUGGAAUGGUGAGUGGUAUUAUAAGUCCAAGUGAUCUUCCAGAUAGCCCAGGACAAACAAUGCCUCCAAGCAGAAGUAAAACACCACCUCCUGCUCAAGGAGUUCAAGUGAAAAGGGAUGUAACUAAAGGUAAAGUACCUACUGCAGAAAAGAGAGAGCCUGGUCCUAGACAAGCAGCUGUAAAUGCAGCUGUUCAGAGAGUUCAGGUAUUGCCAGAUGCUGAUACACUAUUACAUUUUGCCACAGAAAGUACACCAGAUGGGUUUUCUUGCUCUUCUAGCCUGAGUGCUCUGAGUCUUGAUGAGCCAUUUAUACAGAAAGAUGUAGAGUUAAGAAUAAUGCCUCCUGUACAUGAAAAUGAACAUGGAAAUGAAGCAGAACCUGAACAGUCAGAUGAAACAAAGGAUAACCAAGAGAAUAAAGCAGAGAAGCCUUCUGAAGCAGAAAAAGACAUUCUGGAUGAUUCUGAUGAUGAUGAUAUUGAAAUACUGGAAGAAUGUAUUAUUUCUGCAAUGCCUACAAAGUCUUCACGUAAAGCCAAAAAGCCUUCUCAAGCAUCUGCUCCAAAAAUACCUCCUCCUGUAGCCAGAAAGCCAAGCCAGCUGCCGGUUUACAAACUUCUGCCUUCCCAAAGCCGAUUGCAAUCCCAAAAGCAUGUGAGUUUUACACCAGGAGAUGAUAUGCCACGAGUAUAUUGUGUUGAGGGUACGCCAAUAAAUUUUUCAACAGCUACAUCUCUGAGUGAUCUCACAAUAGAAUCACCACCAAAUGAGUUGGCCAAUGUAGACAGUGUGGGUGCAGGGGCAGAGUCAGGGGAAUUUGAAAAGAGGGACACUAUUCCUACAGAAGGUAGAAGUACAGAUGACACUCAGCGAGCAAAAAGCAUAACUGUGACUGGCCCAGGACUGGAUGAUGAUAAAACAGAAGAGGGUGAUAUUCUGGCUGAGUGCAUUAACUCAGCUAUGCCAAAAGGAAAAAGUCACAAACCUUUUAGAGUGAAGAAAAUAAUGGAUCAAAUCCAACAAGCAUCUACAUCUCUAAAUAACAAAAAUCAACCAGAAGGUGAGAAAAAGAAGCCAACAUCACCAGUAAAGCCUGUUCCCCAAAACAGCGAAUACAGAGCACGUGUAAGAAAAAACACGGAGUCUAAAAGCCAAAUUAAUAAUGAAAGAAGCUAUCCAGAGAACAGAGAUGCAAAGAAACAGAAUCUUAAAAAUAAUUCCAGAGAUUUUAAUGACAAACUUCCAAAUAAUGAAGAGCGUGUAAGAGGAAGCUUUACAUUUGAUUCCCCUCAUCAUUACACACCUAUUGAGGGAACUCCGUAUUGUUUUUCACGCAAUGAUUCCUUAAGUUCUUUGGAUUUUGAUGAUGAUGAUGUUGACCUUUCAAGGGAAAAGGCAGAAUUAAGAAAAGGAAAAGAAGCAAAGGAAGUAGAAACUAAAGACUGCCCUAACGUGGAACAGCCUUCAGGUCAGCAACCAAGUAAUAGGACACAAGUUUGCCAAAAGCACCCAACAAGCAGAAGUCAGUCUAAAACUUUCUGUCAGCCAAGUAAAGAUAUUCCAGACAGAGGGGCAGCUACAGAUGAGAAGAUGCAGAAUUUUGCUAUUGAAAACACACCUGUUUGUUUUUCUCGCAAUUCAUCUCUUAGUUCCCUUAGUGAUAUUGAUCAAGAAAACAAUAACAACAAAGAAGGAGAACCAGUAAAGCGAACCGAGGCUCCUGAUUCACAGAUAGAAUCAAGCAGACCACAGACUUCUGGUUAUGCACCUAAAUCAUUUCAUGUUGAAGAUACACCGGUAUGUUUCUCUAGAAAUAGCUCUCUGAGUUCUCUAAGUAUUGACUCAGAAGAUGAUCUUUUGCAGGAAUGCAUUAGUUCUGCCAUGCCUAAAAAGAAAAAACCAUCAAGAAUUAAGAGUGAAAGUGAAAAAAGUAAUUCCAGAAAUAUAGGUGGUAUGUUGGCAGAAGAUUUAACACUGGAUUUGAGAGAGAUACAGAGGCCAGAUUCAGAACACGGUUUCUCACCUGAUUCAGAGAACUUUGAUUGGAAAGCUAUACAAGAAGGUGCAAAUUCUAUAGUUAGUAGCCUGCAUCAAGCUGCAGCUGCUGCAUCACUAUCUAGACAAGCUUCAUCAGACUCUGAUUCUAUCCUUUCAUUAAAAUCUGGUAUUUCUCUGGGAUCACCAUUCCAUCUUACCCCAGACCAAGAAGAGAAACCUUUUACUAGUAAUAAAGGUCCACGAAUUCUUAAGCCAGGAGAGAAAAGUACACUGGAAUCUAAAAAAGUAGAAUCUGAAAGUAAGGGAAUCAAAGGAGGGAAGAGAGUAUAUAAAAGUAUAAUCACAGGAAAAGCUCGCUCCAAUUCAGAAGUUUCAAGCCAGAUAAAGCAACCACAACAAACAAGUGUGCCUUCAAUUUCACGUGGUAGGACAAUGAUUCAUAUUCCAGGAGUUCGAAAUAGUUCUUCAAGUACAAGUCCUGUUUCCAAAAAAGGCCCCCCAUUCAAAAACACAAAUUCCAAGAGUCCCAGUGAAGGCCAAAGUUCAGCUAGUUCUCCAAGGGGAGUCAAAUCAUCAGUAAAACCUGAGCCAGCUCCUGUAACUAGGCAGCUGUCAGGGUUGAACCAGGGUGGAUCAAGUAAAGGACCUUCUAGAUCAGGAUCUAGAGACUCCACUCCUUCUAGACCUCAACAGCAGCCAUUGAGCAGGCCUCUGCAAUCUCCAGGCCGAAAUUCAAUUUCCCCAGGAAGAAACGGUAUAAGUCCUCCCAACAAACUGUCUCAGUUGCCAAGAACAUCGUCUCCUAGCACAGCUUCAACUAAAUCUUCAAGUUCAGGUAGGAUGUCAUAUACAUCACCAGGCAGGCAGAUGAGCCAGCAAAACCUUACAAAGCAAACUGCCUUAACUAAGAACACCAGUAGCAUUCCAAGAAGUGAGUCUGCUUCCAAAGGAUUGAACCAAAUUCUUGGUAGUGGUGCAUCAAACAAAAAGACUGACUUAUCCAGAAUGUCAUCGGCAAAAUCUAGCGGAAGUGAAUCUGACAGAUCUGAGAGGCCUGUUCUUGUUCGCCAGUCAACUUUUAUUAAAGAAGCUCCGAGUCCAACUCUAAGACGUAAAUUGGAAGAGUCUGCUUCAUUUGAAUCUCUGUCUCCUUCCAGACCAGAUUCUCCCACAAGGUCCCAACUACAGACUCCAGUUUUAAGUCCCUCGCUUCCUGAUAUGUCUUUAUCCACUCAUUCAACUGCCCAAACUAGUGGCUGGCGAAAAUUACCCCCUAAUCUGAGCCCUUCUGUAGAAUAUGAUGGGAGACCAGCAAAACGCCACGACAUAGCGCGUUCUCAUUCUGAGAGUCCAUCUAGGUUGCCAAUCAACAGAUCAGGAACGUGGAAACGCGAGCAUAGUAAGCAUUCCUCAUCACUUCCUCGUGUAAGCACUUGGAGAAGAACUGGAAGUUCUUCCUCAAUUCUGUCAGCUUCUUCAGAAUCCAGUGAAAAGGCAAAAAGCGAAGAUGAAAAGCAACAUGGAAGUUCCCUUUCUGGACAGAAGCAAAGUAAAGAAAGCCAAGCACCAGCAAAAGGUACUUGGAGAAAAAUAAAAGAAAAUGAAAUCCCCCAAAUAAUGAAUGAUCCUCAGCAUCCUUCCUCGAGUGCCACAAGUAGCUCUGAUUCCAAAACUCUAAUCUAUCAGAUGGCACCAGCUGUCUCUAAGACUGAGGAUGUUUGGGUGAGGAUUGAGGACUGCCCAAUUAACAAUCCUCGAUCUGGAAGGUCCCCAACUGGAAAUACUCCUCCUGUUAUUGACAGUGUUUCAGAGAAGGGGGUUGUGAAUGGCAAAGAUUCUAAGGAGAUUCAAGAAAAACAAAAUCCAGGGAAUGGAAGUGUUCCUGUUCGUACCAUUGGUUUAGAAAAUCGUCUGAACUCUUUCUUUCAGAUGGACAGUCCAGACAAGAAAGGCAAUGAAACAAAACCUCUGCAGACCAAUCCUGUUCCUGCACCAGAAAAUAACGAAAGUACUGUAAGCGAGCGUACACCAUUCAGCUCCAGUAGUUCAAGCAAACAUAACUCUCCGAUUGGCGCUGUUGCAGCAAGAGUAACUCCUUUCAAUUACAACCCAAGCCGUAGGAAGAGUAGUGUGGACAAUAGUUCUGCUCGGCCAUCACAGAUACCAACACCAGUAAAUAACAGCACAAAGAAACGUGACUCAAAGUCUGAAAAUACAGACUCCAGUGGAACUCAGAGUCCCAAACGUCAUUCUGGCUCUUACCUGGUGACUUCUGUUUAGAUACAUCAAGAAAUAAAACUGAUGUAUUAAAUGCAGCAGCUACUUAGAAGUUUUAUUGCAAAUGAAACUUCAAAUGAUGGGGAUUGAUUUUUUUGUUUUGUUUUGUUUCUUUGUUUUUGUAAAUAGGUUUGAUUCUUGUUAGAGAGUCCUUGUUCUGGAAGCCAUAUUUGAUAGUAUACUUUGUCUUCACUGGUAAUAUUUUGGAGGAAAACGUGAUUGACAGUUUGAAAUAAAAUUGCUAAUGCAAGUAUAUUUGUACAGUAUGUUUAACAUGUAUUUAAUUAGCAUCCCAUCCCAUGAUCCUUUAAAUAUUGCUUGUCUUGAAAUCAUUGAACAUUGCCUAUAGAGAUGAUGGAGUCAUACUGCUUUAUCAAUCAUUUCUAGACUACAGACUGACUAAACUACAUCAGGGAAGAACUGGUAUUAUUUAUGCAAAAAAAUAUACUCAGUUUUAGUAUUUGUGAGUCCAUCUAACCCAGUAAUUAAUCAUGUGGCUGUGAAAUUCACAGUAAUAUGGUUUCUGCUGAACAAGCAUUCCCAGCCUGCUUUUCUGCAUGAAUGAAACUGAUGGUUAUUUUCCGAAGUAAUGGUAACAUUUGUGGUCACAUAAUGUGCAUAGAUAGGUAUGGUGUAACAGUUUACACUUUCUUUUUGCCCUGGGGAAAAGAAAAAAAAAAAAUAGAAAAAAAGAAAACUGUGUAACUGUAAAGCCUUGAGCAAAAUCAUUUCACCUGAACUAGAUUUCAUCUUCAAGUAGGUAGAUUUUUUUUUCUUUUUUGCUAUGCUGUAACUUGUUGUAUAUUCUGGUAUUUGAGGUGAGAUGGCUGCUCUUUAUUAAUGAGACAUGGGUGAUGUCUCAACAGAGACUAAGAUGAACAUUUCAGAAUAAAUUAUUACUAUAUGUAAAUCGUGUGUGUUACUUUUGCAUUACAUAAAAAUACAGUAUUUUACUUUGAGAUGUCACCUUUUAGUAUGUAUAAUGCACUUACACUUACGGCCUGAUGCAGGAGAAUCUUGCACCCUCAAUAUUCAUUCUUAGUGACUGAAAAUGGCUGUUGUAGGAUGCUUGUAGCAGUUGCAGGAUCAGGCCUCAGGUCUUCUGUAAUAUAAUUGUAAUUGAGAGUUUCACCCAUCUCAGGUGCAUAACAAGGCUAAAGGCAGGGUAUUUCAAGAAGACAGGCGGGAUAAUUGCUUUCAUCACUGCAAACUGAAACAAUAUUACAUGUAUAAAAAUGAUAUUUAUAAAUUGAAACUUUUUUUUUUAAUUGGGGAUAUAAUGUAGAAUGUGAAAUAGUGACUACUGUGAGAUGAAAUUUUAAUUCUAUUUGAAAUCUUCAUGCAAUUUUAUUUUUUUAAAAAAUUAUAAAGGGAAAAAUACCACAAGAAUUUCAUCACAAAAAGUUUGUCGUAGUGGAAAAAAGAUUUUGUAUGCAAACCAGGACCUUUGCUGCCUCAAGCCUUUUUGAUGCAAAUAUGGUUUGUGUUAGAACAAUGCUGAAAAGACAGAAUAGUGCUUUAAAUAUAUACAUAGAUUGAAUUUAAAUCAGAUUUCAUUUAAGGUAGAAACAUGAGAUAAUAGAACAUUAACCGUUCUGUGCAUGAUUGAACAAACCACAAAAUUGCAUCAGUUUUGUUCUGUGUCAGCUGGACUGUUCUUAAGUUAGCAUUCUAAAUAGUUGGUAUUCAGAAUUCAAGAUGCCCUAAUUUUAAGUAGCGCUGAAAUAGAGUAAUUUAACAUUAUGGCAGGCUUAGCACUGUUACAGUGCAUCACAUCUGUGGCUUUUGUGCUUCAUCUGCUAUUAAGAUUAAUCACUUUUAUCUUGAAUUCCUCAUAAGACUUGCAAUGUUUUUGAACAGAAUUGAGAUACUGUCAGCAGUAAGUUAAAAGCCAAUACCAAAAAUCCAGAUUUUUUGAACAAGUGGUAUCUUAUUUUUAUUUUUUUUUUUAAUUCUUUGCCUCUUGUCAAAUUUUUCAAGACAUGCUACAUUUCUACACCACCUGGUUGGUGUAGCUCUUAACAAACAGCAUGUUGGCAUUCAUAAUAUUUUGCACAUAGUAUCUUCACAAAACUUUUAAUAUGAACGUGACUGCUCUUUUCAAGAUGAAAUAGAGACAGAACGUGAUUUGUUUUGAAGUCAGGACUUUCUGUUGGAGUAGAAUACAGAACUUCAUCCUUGUGUUAAUAGAAGACCAUCUUUCUUACAAAUGAUGUGAUACUUUUUUGUGAUGUUUUCUAACUGAUAAUGUAGAAUAGAAUAUUCUGAAGGUACACCAUUUUACCCAGGAUAGCUUUGCAUCUCCUUUAUCUAAGAAUUUAAAGGUAAACUUAAUCCCUAUAAAUAAAUUCUGGUUUCAGUUUUGUAACUGAGGUAAUCUAAAGAACAUGAGAACAUGAGGUGAAACAAUCAGUAAUUGUAUGCAUGUCAAACACCAGAACGCAUUUGGAAAUUGUAGUGGCUUCUUCAAACAGUCUAGGAGGUACUUCUUUUUAAUUGGGAAGUUUCUCUUAAUAUCCUCAUAACUAACCUACAUUCGUAGCAAAGACAGAUGAGAUAAACUUUCCAAGUAUAAGGGUAGUGAAACACUAAAAUAUGCUUCCCAUGGGAGUUGUUAGAUUUCCAUUACAGAAGUUUUAAGAAGAAGGUUAGGAAACAUAAGGGGAUGGACUUCAGUGUAUUUCACAUUGCCUUUGUGCAGAGAGAUGCUUACUUAAUCUUCUGAAAUUCCUUCCCAAAGCAUUUCUCUGAUUCUUUACCUAAAAUGCUUAGUAUCCAUUAAGAGACUUUUAGAAUAUUUAAGGACAUACACGAUGUUUGAUUCAUAUUAGUGAUUAGGAUACAAAGUUAGAUUUUAUGCUUAACUAUAAAAAUGAAUCAAGGAAAUAUAAAAUGAGAAGAAUGGAAAAUGGCUGUAUUAAGUAUAUUUAGUCUUGAAUUUUGUUAGCAAUGUCUAGAUUAAUGGUUGCCAGAUUUGGUUUAUGCUGCUAAAGUUUUCUCUUGCUCCUUGGUUUUAUUUUAAUGAGGAUGGCACAGCAUGAACCAGGACAUCAUCAGUGUUGAGGCAAAACGAAGGAAAGCAAGGAGCUAAGGAAACCAAGACUCAUGUUACUGUGUUUUUUGGGGAUAUACAUUUUGAUAGAACUUUAGUGAUUGGAAUGCAGACCUGCAGUUGUCCUUUGAUUUAGUUUAAUAAAACUUUGUGUUCUUUAUGUGAAAAGUGGGAACAUGUCUUUCUGCAAAUUUUUACUUUUUAAAAUGUGCAUUCAUUCUUAUUUCUUGCUGUAUUGCUAAAUUUUUAUGAAAGCUUUUCUGACUAAAUAUUGAAAACUUUUUAAAGGGAACUUAGAUUUUUCAUGUACAGUCCUCUGUCAGAAUAUUUUCCUUUGAAACUUUAUAGAUGAUUCUUAAAACUGUCAUAUUUGCUAGCUCAAAAAUUGAAAGCCAGUGGCCUUGCCCUGACUGCCUGACAAUACUGGAAUAUUGUUUAAGCAGGAGUUGGCUUUAGAAUACAAGUAAUCAAUUAUGCUACUCUUCAAUAAACUUCAGUUAAUGUAAGCAACAGCACUCAUCUGACCCUUCAGUGGUCCAGAUCAGCUCUUACCUGGCAGAACUGAUUGGAAGGAGUAGGGUUGAAGAUGCUCACGUAUGCUGAAUUUGCUCAGAGCAAGAUCAGACAAGCAGCCUGAGGAAGUGGAAGGAGAUUGGAUCAAACCAUUACUUGCUAUUGUAAGCCAGUACGCCAAGUUCCAGAACAGCUGUUAACCCUUUUUCAGACAGCAAAAGCAAAUUAAAGUUUUGUACUCUUAGCUUCUUCAUUUUAAAUUUCUGGCUGGUGGCCUAACAGAGCUUUACAUUUAAACAUACUGUGUUCCAGGGAAGUCCCUUUACCCUGGAAAUUCUGACAGCUAACAUCGGAAGUAUGAUGUUUGCACAAAGUUAUUUUUUCUUCAUCACAAACUACCAAAUUAUUUUUUCUGCCAUAUGUGAAAUCAUAUGUGAUAAUUUUUAAAUUUGCAGUACUAAAUGCAAUAUUAAAUCCUUCCAGCAGAAUGAUCUACUGCAAUUAGUUAGAAGAGGCUCAAAAAGGGGAGAGACCUUAUCCUGUCCCUAAUGAAGGCAGCACUACUCACAGGGACGAUGUAGAAGAACGCUUAGGUGAACUUUAACAUCCACUUGUAGUCUUUUGUUGCUAGAUGCCUCCCAGAUGUCUUUUCACACUUCCCAUUAAAUAGUAUGGAGAACCAUAAAUGUUGCUAACAUUCCUGUGUAGAGUUCCACCUCAGUGUAAUUUCAUCUACUUACUGUAACGCCAUGCAAAGCCUAAUCCGCCCAUCUGACAGCUUUGUUCUGGGUGAGAUGUGUGAUUUGGAUGAAUCAGAAGUGAGGUGUCCAUUCAUUUGAAGCAUGACUUCCUUCCCAUGCUUAGACCUUUGAGGACUUUCUUAACUUCAUUACGCAAACGUGUUCGCUGUCUGCUACCACUGCCAUCUCCUUUGCACUUUUAAGUAUCACCGAAAGAGAUGUCCCCACUUCUUUCAUUUUAAAUCACAUGUAGAAAUGUCAUUCUUGCUUCAUAGUUUACUAUAUGCAGAGUAACAGAUUUUAUCUGUAACAUGUUUUAGAGAAUGUUAAUGUAGAUAAGGUUGAUUUUUUAGUCUGAAUGUAAGUUGGUUGUGUGUUGUAUUUGGCUACAUAUUGGAAGUGCAAGGGGAUUUGGUGUGGUGCUGCAGAGCUUAAGAGUUCACAACAGUCAUGUAGGUGUCAGUAAAUUUGUGAUGCCCAGAUCAAUACCAAGUAUGUAUUUAAUACCUACAUUUUCUACUGUCAACUUUCAGUUUACCAGAUGUGCAGUUUGUCCAUUCUAAGACUGGGUAAUGCCUCCCUAGCCUCGUUUUGCAAGUCAUCUGUUCCUUAGGGAAUUUCCACAUAGUUGUCGGUUAUUUACAAAUUUCUGCCACUCCCGGGAGUCAAGGACAUUAUUCUAAUCUUCUUGUUGGUGAAAGCAUUAUUUUUCUUGAGUGGCCAUGAAACUGUAAUUAAGAUACGAAGGUGUAGGGGGAGCUUGUUCACUCAGUGAAAUGCACUUCCAUCCAAAAUUAUUAGCUCAAGACAUACAUACAAACUGAGCAUCUCUUGGGCCCUACUUCUUGGUGGGAAUUAAGAUGUGUAAAGCUCGAGCUGGCUCUCUGCAAGUAAAUAAGUUGUCCUCUGAGAACAAAUAAAUUUUUCCCACCUAUGAAUGUUGUUUCUCUUUGAUGAACUCAGCCCACAAUUAUCUUUCCUUAAGUUUUGUUGUUUGCUUCUGCCUGAGAUGCAUUACUGUUCUUAUCCUAUCUCUGUAAUUAAUUAUUUCUUCAAUUAUUCUGAUGUAUUUUGCUUCACAGUAUCCUAAUUCUGAAUUUAGUCUUGCGAUGCAUAACUUAUUACUGGUGGUGUUAUAUAAAAUUUCCUCCUGAUUGCA